AUGUCCAAGGUACCUCCAGAGAAGAGCACGGCGCAGAGUGCACUCCAGAAGCCCACGUGGCGAUUCCUGUGGUUGGUCUCAGCACUGUUGCUGUUGCUGUGUGUCUCUCUCCUCAUUGCCCUCAUUGUCACUCUACUCAAGGGAACUGGAGGCUGUGAAGAGCACAAGGCCCUGCCCCAGAGUUCUGCAGAGUGGCAUUGUGUCCUGGGGAGAGCUGAGGAGAAAGGGCAAGUCUGGACAUGCUGCCCCAUGGGCUGGAAGCACUUUCAGUCCAGCUGCUACUACUUCUCUAUAGACACCAUGAACUGGAGUGACAGUGAGACAAACUGCACAGGAAUGAGUUCCCACUUGGUGGUGAUCAACACAGGAACUGAGCAGGAUUUCAUUUUAAAUUGGAUAAAAAGAACUGUUACAUCCUUCCAAAAUAAGAAUUACUAUAUUGGUCUGACAGAUCAGGCACAGGAAGGCCAGUGGCACUGGGUGGAUCAGACUCCAUAUAAUGAGACUGCAGCAUUCUGGAGACAAGGUGAACCCAGUAAUAGCAAAAUGGAGAACUGUGCUGUCAUGCAUGCAGAGACAAAUGCAAAUAGGAAGAAUUGGAAUGACAUUCCGUGUUCCACUAAAGUAAAUAGAAUUUGUGAAACUGAUGCAACAAGGUUUUGAGGAACGAAACCCCGUCCAGGACGUGAAGCCAGAAAGAGAGAGCGCCCAUCCCUGGCUAGAGGAAGCUGAGCGAGAGAUCUGAUUGGAGGGUUUGGUUCAGAUGUGGGACUUGUGCUGUAAUUAUGGAGUGGAAGGUUACUGUGUUUAAUGGUUCAAACUCACCCAUAUGCACAAAAGAAUUUUGGAAAAAAAAUUGGUAAAAUGUUCUGAAGUG